CGGGGUCUCUUCCGGCUGCUUCCUCUGGACCGCAUUCAGCGCUUGGGGAUGGUAGUGGUGAGCUGUGGGCUGGCUGUGGCCGCCUUUGUGACUUUUCUCAAGGAGGUAAAGAAUUUCAGCUGUUGGGAGUGACCCAGACUCCGCCUCCUCGGGGACCUGACUGGAUGGCAGCCAUUGAUCUGACCCAUGAUCUUUCUAGAGAUCCUUUUUAUCUACCUGAGGAAAAAACAGAGGUAGAAAGGAUGGUGGCUGUCUGGCUGAAAAAUUAUCAACAGAGUGCAGUGACCUUCGAGGAUGUGGCAGUGGACUUCACCCAGGAGGAGUGGCUGUUACUGGACCUUACUCAGAGAAACCUAUACAGAAAAGUGAUGCUGGACAACUACCAGAACCUGGUCGCAGUAGAGUAUCAACUAUCGAAACCUAAGCUGAUUGCUUGGUUGGAACAACAAGAGCUGAGGACAGUGGAGAAGGGAGUUUUCCAAGAAUGGGAAACACAGCCUCAAACGAAAGGAUCAGCAUCUCACCAAGAAUUUUUUGGAGGAAAAACAGCCAUUGGAAUACAGAAAGAGAGGAACCACCAUGGAGCAGAACUCUCUGGCUGUGAGCAAGGUGGAAAAGUCUUGAAUAAACAUUUAAACCUUAAGAUACACAUGAGAACUCAAAGUCGAGGGAAUAGUUUUGAGUGUAAUCAGUAUCACAUUGGCCUCCUUAAUCUGCAGAAGAAAAACUCUACUAAAGAGAAACUUUCUGAGUUUAAUCAGUGUGGUAAAGUCUACAGGCGGACUCCACAUGCAGUGCGUGAGAGAACCAGCGUGGCCGAUAAGACUUUGGAAUGCAGUGACUGUGGGAAAACUUUCAUUAGUCGUUCACACUUUCAGGCACAUAGGAGAACUCACAGUGGAAGAGAUUUCAGUGAAUGGAAGCCAUUUAUAAAAGCUUCAGUUUUCUCAGCAGGCCAAAAGGAGCAUGUACAGACACAGGCUGCUCACGAACCCCAUGAAGGUAAACAGUGUGGGAAGUCUUACGCAGAUUCCAAGUGCCUGGAUAAUCGUAUCAUUCGACUUCAUGGUGGAAGAAAACCCUUUGAAUGUAGUGAAUGUAGGAAAGCCUUCACUACAUCCUCACGCCUUUAUGUGCAUUUGCGAAUUCACACUGGAGAGAAACCCUAUCGAUGUAAAGAAUGUGGGAAACACUUCCAGUGGCCCUCACUCCUUCGUAAACAUGUUCGUACUCACAGUGGUGAGAAGCCCUAUAAAUGUAAGGAAUGUGGAAAAGCCGUCAGUCGUUCUUCAGUUCUUAAUGAGCAUUUGAGAAUUCACACUGGAGAGAAGCCCUAUAAAUGUAAGGAAUGUGGGAAACACUUCGCUUGGCUGUCAGUCCUUCGGAAACAUGUUCAAACUCACAGUGGUGAGAAGCCCUAUAAAUGUAAGGAAUGUGGGAAAGCCCUCAGUAGUUCCUCAAUUCUUAAUGAACAUCUGAGAAUUCACACUGGAGAGAAGCCCUAUAAGUGUAAGGAGUGUGGGAAAGCCUUUACUAAUUCCUCACGGCUUAGUGUACAUUUGAGAAUUCACACUGGAGAGAAACCCUAUCAAUGUAAGGAAUGUGGGAAAGCUUUUGUUUGGCCCUCAGUCCUUAAAAAACAUCUACGAACUCAUAGUGGAGAGAAGCCCUUUGAAUGUGGUGAAUGUGAGAAAGCCUUCAGUAAUCCCUCCUAUCUUAAGGAACGUUUGAGACCUCAUACUGGAGAGAAACCCUUUCAAUGUGGUGAAUGCGGGGAAGCCUUUAGGACUUUCUUAUAUUUUAAUAGCCACUUGAGAAAUCACUCUAGAGAGUAAUCCUAUGAACUUAAGUACUGUGGGCUUUCACUAGUGCUCUCCUGAUUUGACAUUUAAGUAUUCACACUGGAUAGAAACCCUAUGUAAGGAAUAUGGGAAAGGCUUCACUUGGUCUUCCAACCUUCAUAAACAUACACGGAUUCAAAGUACAGAGUGACCCUAUGACUGUUAAUGGACUGUGGGAAAGCCUUCACUACUUCCACAUUUGAAGUCACA